CUACAACACCAACAAUCACACCAACAACCACACCAACACCAACGACCACAACUACAGCACCAACAACCACAACUACUGCACCUACAACCACCACGAUGGCACCAACAACCACAAUUACAACACCAACAACCACCACGACUGCACCAACGACCACCACGACAACACCAACCACCACAACUACAGCACCAACCACCACAACACCGACCACAACCACAACACCAACAAUCACACCAACAACCACAACUACAACAACCACGACUACAGCACCAAUGACCACAACUACAGCACCAACAACCACCACUACAACACCAACCACCACAACUACAACCACUAUUCCAGGCCCACAAGCACUGGCACAUCUAAAGAUGAGGUUGACUACAUACGGAGAGGUUAGCAAUGCAACCAUUAUUGCGCUUCUUGAACAGUUUCUUAACACCCAGGUCCUGAAUGGAAUACCCCACAGUAUCUCUGUGACAAAGAUUCAAAAAGUGGGUCCAUAAAAAUUGAAUGUGGACAGAAGUCAAUAAUGAACAUAUGAAGACAAGAGUUUAACAGUGUGUUGGUAGAUUUGUUUCAACAUGAUCCAGAGCGGCGGUUUGCCCUCAGUUGUUCAUGAUAUCUUGAAUGAUGAGUACACUGUUGUGAGAAGAAAACAGCUGUGUUGGAGUGGUCUACAACCAGAUGUGCUUGGAUUGCUCUGCAAGUACAGGAAAUUUCUGGGUAAAAGCAGAUUAGAUUUAAACAUCAAUCCCCUUUUACGAUUAUUUUUGUCAAAUUAAAUCAAACCGCAGUAACACACUGCUGUAGUUCCCAUGAAUCGGAAAUGUGCUUUUGGUUCAUCAUCUUGCACAGUACAAUCGAGAUCUCAAACCAGGCAGCUGCUCAAUAAUAACAAUAAUUCUCCUGAUUUAGAUCUAGAAAAGCAGAAAAAGUGAUAACAAGGAAACUAUAAAAUAGUUUCAAUGCUUCCUGUUCAUUCUGCUUUUCCACAUGGAAAACAAGGAAAUUGGAAACUGUAACAUCGAGGAAAGAAAAGAAACUCAUAAAUGUUGGACCUUAAAUAAGGCAAAUCAAUUAUUUUUCAGAUAUUACUAACAAAGGGCCAAUGAAAAACUUUUCUUGUGGUAUUAGAAUCAAUGCUACUGUUUUUCAGAAUUUGUUUUGUUGUUUUUCUGCUGGUAUGUACUGCACUUUAAAAUAUAACUAAAUUUAUAGAUAUUUUGAAGAUAUUUUGUAUGCAUGUUUAACUUUAAAAGUGUGUAUUAUGCAAGGUCAUUAUAUCCUGCAUGCUUGCAUAUUAGCCAUCAAGAAGCCCAGGGCCUUAUGCAUGUUCUGACUUAGUGGAUACACAGUGAUGACCGAUUGCUAAUUUGCAUUUUGUUUGGCAAACUUGCCACUCCCACUACUGAAGUCUCAUACACACAGAAAUAUGUCUGAUUCUGAUUAUUCUGAAUAAAGAAAUAUAUCCAUUUGUAAUGGCCAUUCUUUGCAUUGUUUGUUCUAUUAGAAAUAUUUUUAAAUGAAACUUUAUUCAACAUGCAUUUCUAAAGCACAGCAUAUACAGAUUAUCAAGAACAACAUCUAUUAGUGUGUAAAUGUAUAUUGAACUUAUGCAUUUAAAAUUCAAUCUGAAAUUAUUUUAGCACUGGAGCAUAGAGUUUAAUAACUGCUAUUUUGAAUAACUAAUAAAAGAUUAAAAGAAAAACAAAACUAACCCAAGGUCACCCUAUCUCAAAGUAAACUGAACAUGGAUCCAUCAACUCUGACUUGCCAAAAAAAAGCCUUAAGUUUUCUUAUAGUAUGUAGACCAUAAUUUCUUCCAGUUCUACUAAAAUAUGUGAUCAUUCUAAUGAGAAAAAAAAAAAAAAAAAAAAAAA